AUGUGCUGCGGUUGUGCCCCUCUGGGGAACCAAAACCCGCAGCCACCGGGCCGGCCCCCGAGCGGGCCGGGGUCACAGCUGCCUCCCCCGAGCCCCUCCGCCGAGUUCCCGGCUCUCGCCCCGCCAGUUUCGGGGGAAGGGCCGGACUGCGGUGCUUGGAGGACUGCGGGAGGCCGGAAGUGCUCUGCGAGGCGUUCUGGCCCGCGCGUCACCUCGGUGGUUUCUGUGGCCGUUGCGCUUCCGGCUGCGCCGGGCCUCGUGGUCGGGCCGGGCCGGGGGAGCUGGGGCGCAGCGGGGGCUGAGGGACAGGGUUUGUGUCCCGUGGAGGGUUUCCGGGGAGGGCUCUGCCCCAGCGGAGCCGCAGCCCCGACGGUGACACUGGUGGUUAUGGCGGCACUAGCUCCGUUGGUGAGGUGCCUGGACCAGAAGAUCGUUCUGCAGGAUGGUGAGAGUGCUGCCCUUGCAGUUUGGUUAAUACCUGUGCGGUCUUUUUAGGUUCUAGAUAGUAGUUUUGCUGAACUAGAUGGUAAACAUAAAUAAAAUCUGGUUCUCAGACUUGA